UUUGAGGUAGGCGAUUUUUAGGUGGCAUGAAGCAUUAAUUUAAUUUAUAUGCGUGAGCGCCAAAAUAUAUAAAUCUAUUGCAAAAAUUAUGUGGCACACGUUACAAGUUAGAGUGAAAAAGUAAAUUCUGCAAGUUAAUGUUAUUACUCAGUGAGUUAUAAAGUGUUUUAUGAAUUGUUUUGGUGCCAUUCACCUAUUGAUUUAUCUUAUGCCAGUGACCUGUUUUUCGUGUUUGUAAUAUGUAACUCGUAAAUAUUUAAUACAAUCAUUACGCCUCAGCUUACGGAUACAUUAAGAUGGACAUCUGAUUAGAAACCUGUGAUUUCAAGUUAAUACGAGUCAUGGAAGAGUUUAUAUUACACAGUGCAAUACGAUUUUUGUGAUGUGUUGCUUAUAUAAAAAGUAGAAUAUUUGUAAUUUCGUUAUGGUGUGUAAGUUUCACAAUGAUGACGCCAAUUGAGGAGAAAAAAGAUGAGAAGAUCCGCACAGGAAUGGUGCAGGUGUCGGAUGGCAAGUCCCGUCCGAGGCCCGCACGGCUCGUCCUCACAAUGGAUGCGGUGACCAUCCAGAGAGAGGUUGCCGUGCCUGUGCAGCCAAAGGAUAAGAGUGUGCCGCACGCUAGGGAACGGAUGGUCCAAAUUACCCGUCAGAAGGUUGGAGGUCUCGGCCUCAGCAUAAAAGGUGGAGCGGAACACAAGCUCCCUAUCCUCAUCUCCAAAAUUUACAAGGACCAGGCGGCAGACCAGACUGGACAGCUGUUUGUGGGGGACGCUGUCAUAAAAGUGAACGGCGAGUAUAUAACAGCGUGCAAACACGACGAUGCCGUCAAUAUAUUGAGAAACGCCGGCGAUAUAGUGGUUCUCACCGUGAAGCAUUACCGGGCCGCCACGCCGUUCCUACAAAAACAAGCCGAUGGGGCGUCAGACACUGACAGCAGUACUGGUGAUGACCACCCAUCUUUACACAACGCUGUGGACGCCAACUGUAAUGAGAAACCCUUGGAGCAUAUGAACGGCGGGUGGCAGAGCGCAUGGGGCUCCGCUGAAGAAGGUAGCAGGCCUAACAGCCGCUGCGGCUCCACGCGGGGCUCCCGACCCUCAUCAGUGGCUUCCGACCGCCUCAACAACGUGACCACUCUUGCGCACAACACGGAGUGGGUGGAUGUGGUCUCUGUUCCUCUGAUGAUGGGCUACGUCACGAGAUACGUCCUGGGGACGGAUAAACUCAGGCCUGGCGCAUUCGAGGUCCGCGGCGCACGUCCCCACAUGACGACGGGCAUCAUCCACACGGACGAGCCCGCCGCGCUCUCGCAGUGGCUCAAAUCCAUUUCGGACAAUAUCGUUGGGCUCACCAAUUUGCAGAUGAAACUGUUCAACCGCCACCUGCCGGCGGGCGAGCGCAUCGAGCACAUGGGCUGGGUCCACGAGGGCGUGGUGUCGGCGUCGCAGCCCGGCGGGCAGCUCUACACGCCGCAGUUCCUGGUGCUGAAGGGGACGGACGUGCUGCUGUUCCGGCAGCCCCCCGCCACGCUGGCCGAGCUGGCCAAGUGUCCGGAGGUGGUCAAGGUGUACCAGACGAUGUUCCGCACGGUGAAGGAGAGCGAGACGGUGGACUGGCGCCAGCACUGCUUCCUCGUGCAGAGCGGCGCGCCCGGACCCCACGCUCCGGGACCCAGGUACUUCAGCGCAGAAACGAGACAGGAACUGUUGAGGGUGGAGGCAGCGUGGACGGCCAAUAUCGUCAACUCAGUAAUUAGACUCGGGAAGAAGACCUUCACCGUAGUACAUCUGGGUAGAGCGGCAGGGCUCACGCUGGACUGGACGGCGGGGUUCUCUCUCAGCGAGGGCACCCCAGGGGCUCCUCCUGUGUGGUGUUACAGAUUUUCACAAUUAAGAGGUUCCAGCGAUGACGGCAAAUCCAAACUCAAAUUGCAUUUUCAAGACGCGGAGACAAAAGUUAUUGAAACUAAGGAAUUGGAAUGUCAGAUCCUCCAAAGCCUGUUGUUCUGUAUGCACGCGUUCCUCACGGCGAAAGUUGCUUCCGUAGAUCCGGCGUUUCUCGCGUCGAUACAUCAGAACAACUAAGAUGACCUCCUCAAACGUAUCCAUUGUUUGGGAUCUGAGAUCUAUAUACACUGGUUUACGUGACCAGUUAAGUUGAUACUUCUGUAUGUAGGCUAUUAAGGCAAUUUGAGUUCAAGAAAUAGUGGUGGUUGGUUUCUCAUAAAAUUGUUGAUGUUAUGUUAACGUUGACUCUUUUGUUCUUAUUAGUUGGAUUAAUCUAAAAAAUAUGUGGUGCGUUG